UUUUGCACAGUGGUGGUGAGGGGAAAACCUCCACGAUUUGUCGCGCCGCUCCCCUCCCCGUCACGGCCGCCGCCGCCGCUGCCGCCGUUUGGCUGAGCACCUCGCCGCCGGCGCUAUUCCCCACCGGGGCGGCCUCGCCGGCGUAUCUGUGGUGAUUUGUGCUGCGAGAGAAACUUCUUUGUCGACUCCGCCGCCGCGGUUGCGGUUCAGGAGCUUGCCGAGCUCGGCGAGGGGCGGCGGCAAUGAGGGAGGCGGUGACGGUGCAGGUCGGCGGCUUCGCCAACUACGUCGGCUCCCACUUCUGGAACUUCCAGGAUGAGUUGCUCGGGCUCGCCGACGACCCCGACGCCGACCCAGUCUUCAAGAACGACGCGCUGGACAUGGACGUCCUCUACCGCUCCGGCGAGACGCACCAGGGUAUACCCACAUACUGCCCUCGUCUGGUGUCGGUUGGUUCUCGAGGGUCCCUUGGUUCUUUGAGUUCAUCUGGUAAUCUCGGUCAGACCAGUGCUUCUGCAGAUCAGCUCAAUGUUGCUACAUGGUCUGGAAGUGUAACAAGAUCAGUCUCAAAACCUCAUGGGCGGAACUUGUUUCUGCAAAGCUUAGUUGAAGAAGGGCAGAAUCCAAGCACUAGCAAUGGUGCCAGCAACUCCCAGAAAAGUGUUGAGGAUAAGGACCUGAUCGACUGUCUAGAGAAUAGCGUCAACUUUUGGACGGAUUAUUCAAAAGUUCAGUAUCAUCCUCAGAGUUUAUAUGAGUUACAUGGGUCAUGGACAGACUUUGACAAGUUUGAUAACUAUGGCAGCGCACAAGAGGUUGUUUCAGACUGGUCGCAAAUAGAGGAAAUGAAUGAGAGGCUAAGGUUCUUUGUUGAAGAAUGCGACCAUAUUCAGGGCAUCCAGUUUAUUGUGGAUGAUUCAGGAGGUUUUUCCAGUGUAGCUGCACAGUUUUUGGAGAACAUUGCUGAUGAUUACACAAAUACACCUGUAUUGCUUUACUGUGUGAGGGAUCCAAUGACCCUUGGAUCAUCCAGGAGGAAUCAAAGGGAGUCCAUUAUGAGAGCUCUUCAUGAUGCUGUUUCAUUUUCAAAACUUUCGUCCUUUUGCAACCUGAUGGUACCCAUAGGACCGCCUUCAUUAAGUAGAAGUUACAUGUCAUCGUAUCUUUAUAUACAAGACGAGAAACCAUUCCAUGCUAGUGCUGUUUGUGCUGCAGCAAUACAUUCAAUUACUGUUCCAUUUAGAUUGCAACGAACGGGCCCGAGUUCAGACUUGGCACAUUCAUCUGGUAAUCUUGACAUUGGUGAACUUCUGCACAUUUUAUCUGAUCAAGGUCGGCAGAACAUGGUUACUGCUCUGGAUGUAGCGAUGCCUGCCCCUUCUUUGACAGAUAGAGAUGCUAUGGGGAACAUAGAGAUGAAGUUGCACUCUUUGACCCCUGAAAUCAGCGAUGAGGAUGAAGAUCCUUAUUCAGUUGAAUCGCUGGUGGUUCAUGGAGCUCUUGAUAAAGGUGGGCAAAGGACUUCCAUAUCACAAGUGAAAGGCUCGGUAUGUUCAGUCUAUGAAGCCAGAGAGACAAAGCCAAAAUUUUCCCAUCUCUCAGCAUCUCUUUGCCCCCUCCCUGUCCCCCUUCCGUUCCCGUCAAUCUUCAGAGGCAACAUUGGCCGGCAUGGGGAGAUCCUUAGCGACCAUGCAGAAGAAUCCCAGCCAAAGGGCUCACUCGAUAUUGAAUCGAUACCGAUGGCGGCACGAUUACGAUCAAGCAGCGCCGUCCUGCCUUUCAUAGAGAGGCGAUCGGGGAGCCUCCAGAAGCACGGUGUCGCAAGAGGUGCCAUCGGGUCUCUGGUCCUCCGUGACUGGGGCUUCGGGAGGGAGGAGGUGGAAGACAUGGCGGAGCACCUAGCAAAGUUACUCGGCCCGUUUCACCCUGAAAUGGAUCUUACUUCGGAUUCUGACUAGAUCAUCUUCAAAAAUCUUACUUGGAGAAUCAAGCAUGAUCUAUCUGUUACAAUGUAUGUGGAUUGUUGUAAUACUGAAUUUGUUUUUCAGAGGGUUUUCAGAUACUGAAAAUUCAUGCUCAUGUGGCUGGCUGUUUUGAAAUCAAGAAUGAGAGAUCUGAAUCUAUGCUAUGGUAGAAUUUCUUUUUCUUGUGCAUGUGCAUUUGAGCAUGGGUGCAGGCUGUGUAUGUCACAAAUAUGUACCAUAUUGUAUAAAAAUCAGAAUGGAGAUGCAUUUCUUACUUGUGAAA